AUGGGUCAAUUUCUUUCUCAGCCCGUAACCGAAAAGCACUCGGAAGAUGGGGGCGAUGAGUUUCUCAAGUUUGGGUUAUCGUCAAUGCAAGGUUGGCGUGUUUCCAUGGAAGAUUCCCACUCCACCAUUCUUGAUCUCAACAAGGUGAAGAGUUAUAAGCAAAUUGCCCAAGGGAUUUACGAUUCCGUUACCGUUACCGCCAACGACGACGAUGACGAUGACACCGAAGCCGACAAGGAAAGCACUGAUUGUGCUCCAACCCCAAAAGAUGUCGAUACCUCAGUGACCACUGAAAUUCAAUUCGAUGAACAAGUGUCAUUUUUUGCAGUGUUUGAUGGCCAUGGUGGGUCUCGUGUGGCAUUAUUUUCCGGGGAACAUUUGCCACAAAUUCUCAGAGACCAUUCGGAACUCAUCCAAAAGAAACAAUACGCCAAGGCGUUGCAAGACUCUUUCCUUGCCUGUGACCGUGCUAUUCUUGAUGACCCAGCCAUGAAGAACGACUCCAGUGGUUGUGCCGCCACCUCGAUCUUGUGCACUCCUUCCAAACUUGUGUGUGCCAACUCUGGGGAUUCCAGAAUUGUGUUAUCGAUCGAUGGUCAAGCCAAAGCCAUGAGUUAUGACCACAAACCUUCUAAUGAAGGAGAAAAAGCCCGUAUUGUUGCUGCUGGGGGAUUUGUUGACGUGGGGCGUGUUAAUGGUAACUUGGCUCUUUCUCGUUGUAUUGGUGAUUUCGAUUUCAAGAAAUCUCCAAACUUGCCACCUGAAGAACAAAUUGUCACUGCGUUCCCAGAUAUUAUUGAACACACCCUUGACUACGCCCAUGAUGAGUUUAUCAUUUUGGCGUGUGAUGGGAUUUGGGAUUGCUUGACCUCUCAACAAUGUGUCGAGCUCGUGCGCCGUGGGAUCCAUGAACGUCUUAGCUUGACGGAAAUUUCGGAGAAAAUCAUCGAUGUUUGCGUGGCUCCAAACUCCAUGGGUACCGGUAUAGGAUGUGAUAACAUGUCGAUCAUUGUCGUGGCCAUUCUUGACGGUAAAUCUCUUGAUCAAUGGUACGAUGAUAUCAUUGCCAAAGAAGGUACUCCAAUUUCCGAACCAUUCAACGAAAUUAGAAAACAAAUUUUUAAGACAGAAUUGGGACCAAAUGAACAUUUGCAACAAGAUAUGCAAGCCACUGGUGAAGAAGCUUUUGAAGAAGAAACCCCAGGGUUGGGUGAUACAGGGAUCACUCAGUCAUUGAGUCAAUUACUCAGCAGCAGUGUUGCAACUUUCCAAGACGGUACAUAUUACAUUGAUACAAGCAACAGCUCCUCGAUCUUGGCAUCUCUUGGAAUUUUGCCAGGUAGUGAAUUUGCUGAUGCUGAAGGACAUGAAAUGGACAGAGAAAUUGAUGAAGAAGAUGAUGAAGAUGAAGAAGAAGAAGAAAGUUCUAAAGUGGAGGAAAUAGAAGUUGCAGAAGAAAAGAAAUAA